AUGUCAAUCCUCAGCCCCGCCACUCGACGACCCCUAUUCAGCCAUGCGCUGCGGGUACGCUGGCAGGGCACCAGAGCUCAUAAAUCGACGCUACCCAAGACAGUAGCUGAGUAUUUGCAAUGGAAACCUUCGAUGCCAACCAAGGGCAUUGAGAUCGACGGAUACAUCCGCUCCGUGAGAGCCCAGAAGCACCACCAUUUCGUGUCCCUGGGAGAUGGUUCAUCAAUCGACUCAUUACAGGCAGUGGUUCCUGCUGAACAAGCUGAAGGUCUGACAACAGGAGCUGCCGUUCGUUUGCACGGGUAUUGGGUCGCCUCUCGCGGAUCAGGACAGAGUCAUGAGCUGCGAGUCCAGAAGGCGACUGUGCUCGGGGCUUCGGAUGCCAAGACAUUCCCUUUGCAGAAAAAGUAUCAGAGUCCCGAGUUUCUGCGCUCAUUGCCUCACUUGAGGCCCAGGAUACCGUUCAACUCUACACUGCUGCGUUUUCGAUCAGAAGUCAUUUCUUCUCUGACUCGCUUCUUUGAGAGUCGUCAGUUUGUGCAAACUCACACUCCAAUACUUACCGCGUCUGAUUGCGAGGGUGCUGGAGAAGUAUUCGGUGUCUCUACCGUCGAUGAGAGCCCGCGCCCUGACGGUGAAACAGCCAAAUCUUUCUUUCGCCGCCCUGUCUACACCACGGUCUCAGCACAACUACAUCUUGAAGCUCUAGCCCAGGCUCUGGGAAAUGUCUGGACAUUAUCUCCCACCUUUCGUGCUGAGCAGAGCGACACUCCGCGCCACCUCAGCGAGUUCUACAUGCUGGAGGCCGAGAUGAGCUUCACGGAUGAUAUGGAGUCCAUUAUGAGUCUCGUGGAGGACAUGCUAAAGCACGUUGCCAUUGAAUUACAUGAUACUAGAACUGUCAAGGAAAUGUCUAGCAGGUCUGCAAAGUCAUCAUCCGACAUGGUUCCUACGGACCAGGUUGAGCGGCGUUGGCGUGGUCUCAUGGCGCAGGAAGCUUGGCCUCGUAUUACCUACACGGAUGCGAUCGACGCCCUCAAGGCCUCAAACGAGUCGUUCGAGGUUAAACCGGUUUGGGGGCAAGACCUUCGCACCGAGCAUGAACGAUACCUUGCAGCACACAUUGGCAAUGGGGAAACACCCGUCUUUGUCACUCAUUACCCUCGGAGCUUCAAAGCUUUCUACAUGAAGGCAGCCGCAAAUGAUCUCGGGAAGGCGACCCCUGGUGAGACUGUGGAGUGCUUUGAUCUCCUCGUUCCCGAUUUCUGCGAGAUUGUUGGAGGAUCCAUGCGUGAGCACCGUCUCGAUAAUCUGCUGGAAUCGAUGAAGCUCAAUGGCCUCGACACGACCUCUGAGCAAAGUCCCGACGCCACUGGUUCUAAAAAGACGGUAGGCAAUAAUCUCGACUGGUAUCUGGACCUACGACGCUGGGGUUGCCCACCGCAUGGCGGUUUCGGCCUAGGUUUUGACCGCUUGAUUUGCUACCUUUCUGGCGUUCAGACCAUCAGAGAUACCACAGCCUUCCCUCGAUGGUACGGCAGAUGUGAUUGCUAA